AUGAUUGCUAGCGGCAAUCUCAUCGCCGAAUUCCGGAAAAACGAGAUGCAAAAGCUGGAGGAGAUGCUAGUCGAGUUCCAAGCCACUCAGCCUCGUGCAUUGAGCGGUCCAGUCACUGCUCCUACAGGGGCGUCUUGGCAACAUACAGAUACAAGUCUUCAGGCAUCAGUACGGGCGGAUGCGCUGGAGUCUAUCAGCCAGGAUGCUUUACCAGUCUACAGGGAAUUUACCAAAGAGAGCAGCAGUCAGGCGGAGGAUUUGACUACCCAGCAGAUUAUCGAUGUCGUCAAUUCCAUGGAGUGGGAAGACAAUGAGUGGAUGUCUUUCACUAUGGUUCACGACGAAACCUAA